UAAAACUCCAGAAAACUCUUAGUCUCAUCAAUCUACCUGAUGCAGUGAAAGAGAAAGUAGACGGGGACUUCUCGUCAUAAACUUUUAUACAAGAACUGUCUUUUCGUUUUCAUGCGUCUUUUGUCAUCUGUUUUAAUGUCAUCGGUUUUAAUCUUGUGAUGCUUCAACAUAUUGUGAUGCUUCAACAUAAUAUUGUAAAACUUUUACAUAAAUUUAUAAAUACAAGUACAACUGCCUGACAAGAACUUCAUCACCCCCUGCCCUCAAAAGAAGAUAGAAAAGAUGAAGGCAGGUGCUAGCGCUCUCCUACUUGGGCCGCGAGAAUUUCUAAAUUGUGCCUUUCUUUUCGAUGCGUUUGAUGAGAAUCACGGAAGAUUGCCCGAACUCCACACCGCAUGGCUGGUGGACAAAACGAAUGUUACGGUUUAUAAUUUGAAAAAUUCACCAUAAGCAUAAUGAUCUUCAUUUUCGGGGCCAUGAACUUUUUCCUCUUUUUCAGACUUUCCGGGAGUCUGAAGGAAUGAACUUGAGAAUGCGCAACGAAUGUGAGCAAUUGCUAACAGAGCUGGUCUCUAUGGGCACUGCGGACAGCGUCAUCAAGGACAGCACGACAUAAUAAUGACAUAACAGUCUGCACUGAACUUUGUGCGAGAUUUACUGUAUCGAAUAUGAACAAUUUCUUUCUUGGGCAGUCUGCACUGAACUUUGUGCGAGAUUUACUGUAUUGCUUUGUAUUGCAGCGCUAAGCAUGGUUACAAGGGAGCAGCCUUCUGUCCUCCAGGCACUUCCGGAGUGGCUGCACCGGGAAGUUGGCCUCCGGAGGCACCCGUAAAGCUACGUGACGAAAUUGCGAUGCUGGUGCAAGACUACAGCUGCAACAAAGACGACGACGGAACAAGGACGCACGGGUUAAGGCUGGGUCCAUCUAUAAUAUUACUUAGUUAGACACCAUUUUAGUAGACAUCACCAGGAAUGGGUACACUAUUAAUUUUACCACCGGCAGCUACUCGUACAACUAUUAAUUUUACUCCCGCCGCACACGUGCGUCGAAGCAUCCCGUUCAUUGUUGACCCGGUUUUCUUCAACAAGGGAAGGAGAACACCACAGAGAUGUAGAUGAUGCCUUCCACCAAGACGAACAAGAAUGCUCGAUGUUGAAGAAUAUUUUACAUAGUGCGUAUUCUUGAAUAUAUCGGAAAUACUUAUAAAUUAGAAUUACAGGUAUACUAUAAAAAGAUUGAUCUAAGGUAUACUAUAAAAAGGUUGAUCUAAGAAGAGAUGGCGCGUGGUUCUUUGACAUGUGCCCUCUCCCUUCCUUGCACACAUGGAAGGGAAGUUACGAAGAGCAGCAGCAUUCGUUUCGGGCUUGCGAGACCCGACGAAAGGCAUUAAUCGCAGAAUUGAGAACAAAUUGCUGCCAAAAAACAACUACAUCAACGGCAGCCACCUCUUCAUGCAGCAGCCUUCUGGGUUGCAGCACGGGUCGUAUACUGUGGGCAAGGCUAAGGCGUUCGACACGUAAUCGAAGGAAGCUCUGGCGAGAUUGGUGGAGUCACCGGUCAAGCAGCGCUAGCGCAGAUGAAGCACCCACCGCUGCAAGUUGUGGCGCAGCAACGUUAUACGGCGCUGCUAGCGAAGGCUUUUUCUUCUUGCAAGCAGACAAUUUUGACGCUGCAGCAACAGAAGCAUCCUCUGCUGGGGAGGUUCCGUCAAAGUUUGAAAAUUAGAUAAUCUCAACAAGUCUCUGUUGUUGCCUUUUUGAAUUUUGGCCGCGGUAGGGCAUGUUAGCUACUUUCCUCCGUACUCGAUCGUCGACGAUUCUAGUACUAUGCUUAUUUGCUCUCAUACUUCUGCGAAAUAUGUCGGUUACCUGGGGAGCAUAACAGCGUAAUCCCUUUCAAAAACAUACGUUUUUUCAAAUCCAUCGGGCGAUCCAUGUGUGAUUGAGAUGGAAUUUACCGGAAAAUAAGACGCUAUCUUGGUCUUUGGCGCUUCUGUUCUUCCUCAUCAAUCGCAAAUAGGACAUCUUGAAAUAUAAUUACUAGUGCUCCCCGUUAUCAUACUACAACUGGCAAGGCUAAUAUGCCUUGUCUUUAUAAUCAGUCAAAAGUCUUCUAGUGGUCCCUCCACAAUGUCAAUGAAACAAUGAAUUAUAU